CCCCCUGCCCCCCUGCACGUCGUCUCUCUCGCCAUGCCCCUACAGCCCAACUCGUCUCUCUGCUAUCUGUCCCACUGCCUGCUGCUGCUGUGUCUCUGUCUCUGUCUCGUGGCGGGAGACAGCCGCAGAGACUCCUCGAUAGACAUCAACAACAACAACAGGCAGCGGCUACAACAACAACAGCAACAACAACAACAACAGCCAUCGUCAUCAUCAUCAUCACCGCCUUCGCAUCGAGCGACGCGAUCUGGCCCGGCAGCAUUGGAGUCGUGUGGAGUGGGUGGAGAGGGCUCCCAGCCCAGCUACGAGGCGCUGCGAGCGAUCCACAAACAGCUGGACGAUGACGCCAACGGUGACGUCGACGUGGAGGAGAGCGGCGAGUUUCUGCGAGAGGAUCUCAAUGACCAGAACGCCGCCGUGAAGCAUUCCACAUUCCACGCGGGAGACCAGCACAUCAGCCUGGACGACCUGUGGAGGUCAUGGCGCAGGUCGCAGGUGUACAACUGGACAGUGCACGAGGUGGUGCGCUGGCUGGUGGACUGCGUGGAGCUGCCCCAGUACGCACAGAGCUUCCACGCUCACCACGUCAACGGCACAAUGAUGCCUCGGCUUGCUGUGCCAAGCCCCUUCCUGUCCACGGUGCUGAGAGUCUCCGACAGGAGCCACCGUCAGAAGCUGCAGCUCAAGGCAAUGGACGUGGUGCUGUUUGGGCCUCCACCAGGCGUGGGACGUAGCCGUAUCAGGGACCUCGCGCUGGUGGUGUCUAUCGCCGUGGGUGUGGCCGGGCUGUGGUUCGCGGUGUCACAGAAUCGGAGCUACCGUGACCACAUGCGCAAGGUCAUCCGAGACCUGGACGGGCUGCAGAGGGCUGAGCGCAGCCUUGGGGAGCUACAGGACAAGCUGCACAAGGCCCAGGAGGAGAACCGCUGCUUCCAGGACGAGCGCCGUGGGCUGGAGGUGAGGAUGAGCCAGGAGAUGAGUGAGGCCAAGCGAGAGGCCCAGCGGCUUCGGGCUCUCCGUGCCGGUGCCGAGAACCACAUCUCGGAGCGGAGAUACGCAGAGAGGGAGCUGCAGCAGGUGCGCAAGGCUCUGCGCCGUGCCGAGCGCGAGUUGGAGUCGCGUCGUCGCCGCUUGGCGUGGAGCGGCGACGACGGCUCCGGCGCCGGCGGCUCCGGCAUCGGCGGCGGCGGCGGCACGACCGCGGCCGCGGCGCAGCUGCAGCGGUGGCUGCAGGUGACGCACGAGGUGGAGGUGCGCUACUACGGCCUGCAGCGGCAACGCGCCGAGAAGCAGCUCAACGUGGCCAAGGAGGGGGCCGAGAAGAUCAAGCGCAAGCGGACGACUGUGCUGGGCACCUUCCACGUGGCGCACAGCUCCUCACUGGACCACGUGGACCACCAGAUCCUGGAGGCAAAGAAGUCCCUGGCCGAGGUGACGAGUGCCCUGCGUGAGCGUCUCCGCCGUUGGCAGCGCAUCGAGACGCUCUGCGGCUUCCCCAUCGUGCACAACCCCGGCAUGGGCGCCCUGCUCGCCGCGCUCGCCGCCGACGACGCCGCCAGUGCCGGUGCCACCGCCGGUGCCACCGCCGGUGCCGGUGCUGCCGGCAAGGAGGACGCCUCGUUGUCCCGCGUCACCUUCCAUCGGGUGGACGACGUCACGGGCGACCGUAGCGAGGGCACGAGUCCCCCGGGGGGCCCCCCCUCUCAGGGCGCACGCUAG